UCAACACCUGCCAACGUCACCAGAGUGACCCAAACCAACAAACAUUCCGGCUCAAUGGCGACGGAAGACCCCCAACCGGCGAAUAUAGCUUCUGGCCGAGGCCACCCACCAGCUUCCGCUGGCGAAGGCGACCAACCGCAGACACAAGCUCUUCCUGUACGAAGCGGCCCUCCGCAGAGCUCGGACGACUUUGACAUCGUCGCCGCCUACCAUGCGAAGCUGGCCGACCACGACAUCACAAAGCCCGUCGCGGCCAUCGAGGCCCUCGUGGCCCUCCUUGCAGCCUCGCAUUACACCACCGUCUUCGAGACGCUCGAGACGGUGAAACGCCACUCCUUGACCCUGCGCGCCUCGGUCCGCAACCCCACCCCGCUUCAGGCCGGCACCGACCUCUUCCUGCAGUAUCUCGUCUCCUCGCUUAAGCAGCAGGAGGCCAAGACCGCCGCGCCGGGAGGCGGGACCACCUACCACCAGAGCUUCGAGGACGUCCUGCGCCACCUGGUCCUCAACAGCCGCCUCUUCGCCGACCGCGCCAUUGCCGCCCGCGACGGUAUCGCCGAAGCGGGCUGUCGCUUCGUCCGCGAGGGGAAGACCCUCCUCACCCUGGGCGCCUCCCGUUCCGUGGCCAAACUGCUCUUCCGCGCCGCGUCCCGCCACCGCGUCGACGACGUGCAUUUCAAGGUCGUCUACGUCCGCGACGAGCGGCGCCCGGACGAGAGCGACCGGUUCGUGGCUUCGCUCCGCGAGAAGGGCAUCCCCGUCGCCGAGAUCUCCGAGCUGUCCAUCUCCCACGUCAUGAGCCUGCGGAACCAGGUGCACAUGGUAUUCGUGGGCGCCGAGGCCGUCACGCAAAGCGGCGGCAUCAUUUCGCGUAUCGGGACCUUCCAGGUCGCCAAGCUGGCCCGGGAGAACAAGCCCCGGUUGCCCUUCUACGUCGCCGCCGAGACGCACAAGUUUGUGCGCAAGUUCCCGCUUGGCCAGGCGGACCUCGGUUACGACCAGACGGUGCUCGAUUUCCAAUCGAAUAGUCCCAGCACCGUGCCCGAAAAUGCAGUCGACUACACACCUCCCGAGUACGUCACGAAUCUCAUAACGGAGAACGGCGUCAAACUCCCGAGCUAUGUUCUGGAACAGCUGCUGGACAUUUACGGUGCUCUGAACGGUUAACGAACAAUACAAACGGCCUUGCCUAGUCCGCCCCAGUCCCGCCUAGUCCGGCUUGAGGGCGGCGGUAUGCUCUAUGCAAGCAUGGCGUUGGGGGG